UCAGUGUUAUCUAACUAUGUGCAUCUUCAAACGUUGAAAUUACCACACAACAAACUCAAAGAUUUAUCCUGUGUAAGUCACAUGCCCUGCCUUGUAAUCCUGGAUGCCUCCCACAAUGAAAUCUCCACUUUUUUCGACUUUGAGCCACCCAAGAAACUCAAGGAGGUCAACUUCUCCUACAACCGUUUGACAGAAAUGAAGAGUCUAUCCGCCUAUGAAUCCCUUAGUAAACUGAGCUUGGACUACAACAGUAUCAGUGAAAUCACUGGUCUUGAACAGUGCUGCAGGCUCACCCAUCUCAGCUUGGCUCACAACAAGAUCUCAAGGAUCAGUGGGCUGGACGACUUGCCUCUCACACACCUCUGCUUAAGGGGGAACCAGCUCCGGAAGAUUGAAGGCUUUGAGAACGUUAAGAGCCUGCAGGUUCUUGAUUUGUCUCUGAAUCGUGUCACCUGUCUCACAGGGCUUCAGAGCCUCCAGCUUCUCUGUUCCAUGAACCUGGAAAAAAAUCAGAUUAGUGAAAUUCAUGAAUGUAAACACAUUCACAAUCUGCAGCUGCUGAGAGAUCUCAAUCUGCUGGAUAACCCCUUACAGGAGCAGCCAAAUUACCGAUUAGCAGUCAUCUUCCUUCUUCAACAACUGACGAUGCUGGACCAAGAAGUGGUUACUGCAGAGGAAAAGGUUACUUCAGUCAACAAAUACGACCCUCCAAUGAACGUGGUGGCAGCAAGAGAUCACAUGACCAAUCUAGUGUAUCAGCUGAUGCAGCCCCAAGUUUUAUUUGACAGUACGCUGACCAGUGUGGACUCUCCAUACCCGCUGCUGGUGCUGACUGGUCCUCAAGGCUGCGGGAAAAGAGAGCUAGUUCACAGACUGUGCCAAGAGUUCUGUGAUUACUUUUGCUAUGGGCUUUCUCACACCACACGAGAGCCAUACAGUGGAGAGGAGAAUGGAAUCGAUUACCAUUUUAUCAAUGAGGAAGACUUUCAGACCAUGAUCCGCAUGGGUACGUUUAUCCAGACCAUGCAGUACAGGGGUCAUCGAUUCGGUCUCAGCAGAGAGACAAUAGAGGGAGCAGCCAGAGAAGGACUGGCCUGCUGUGUGCACAUGGAGCUGGAGGGUGUGCUCAGUCUAAAGAAGAGCUGCUUUAAGCCGCGAUUCGUCCUGAUCAUUCCCUCUCAGGAGGAAAACUACAGAUCCCACCUGAAAAGCCGCGGCCUCUACACCCCAGCUCAGAUUGAUGCCGCCGUGUCACGCGUGGAGCUUUACAUCAGAACCAAGGAGCAGCAUCCAGGAUUCUUUGAUAACGUUGUUCCCUGUGAUGACUGGGAGGAAGCCUAUCAGUCGCUGCGACAGAUAGUGAUGGAGGACCUGUUGCUGGAGGAGGAGGAGGAGGGACAGAGAAGCAGCAAAGUUGGAACAUCUACAGGACAGAAUUCAGCAGAGAAGGAGCGUCCACAGCAGCCAGAGCCAGCGUCAGAACCCUUAGCAUCCAUCUCUGCAUCAUCUCUGGAUCCUUCUAGAACCCAAGUGGACAACAUCCAGGCUAAGAUCGCCUCUCAAAGGAGUCCUGCUGAGGCGGCAUCCAUCAGGAGGCGAGAGCAGCUUUUGAGGGAGGCUCUGUUGGGGAGGAGUUCAGGGGUCUACAGUCAGCUUUUCAAACGUUCCACUCCGUUGUUGUCACUACACAAGGAGAAUCCUGACGCUCGCUUCGAUGAGGACAGCAGUAGCUCAGAUGAGACGCAGAGAAGUUCAGCUCUUUCAGUUCCCAGUUCGGCCGGAGCUUUAAUGGAGCUUUUAGAUGUCUCUGUCCCAGGACAAACCCAGGAAACACUCAAAGAUGGAUCGGGUCAAACAUCAUUCGCGUCUCAUUCAGGAGUCGAUCACCCCACGGCUGCUGUAUCUCCGUCGUCAGAGAGACGCCCCACAUCUAACAUGAAAUCCAUUUUGCCACCAAUCCCAAAUGGAAGAAAGAGUCCUGCAGCUGCCAGUCCAGGUUUUUCUCCUAAUAUCAGCCCUAACCCAGGAGUCACAAAGGGUGGGAAAUAAAGACUAGUUUUAGUGA